AAUUCCGACCAUCCGACUAAAGUCAUUUUAAUUAAAAUACAUUUUUCUAGUAUUUUACCUAAAGCCAAUUCCUUUUAAAUAAACAAACGUAUGUGCCACAACAGUGCCCUUUUCUACAUUUAUAUCUUAGACAUUGUGGAACUGUGCUUCUCUGUUAAGCCGGAAUGUCUUAUUUACGAUAAAAUACAUAUCCUAACCUAUAAAUGAUUCACAAACAAUCAAGAAUUGUAAAUAAAUACAGGUUUAGUUUGUUCAAAACUAUUUUAAAUGGCAGAUAAUGGUUUAGGUUCUUCCAGCCACGAGAGUACUUUAAUCAAACAAACCAAUUUAGAGUGUAAAAACCUUUACGAUUACCUAAAGACCCGAUCGCCGAAUGUACUUGAGAAACUGUACAAUCACCCCACUAUAUGUUUAGCUGUGUAUAGAGAAUUACCUGAAUUAGCCCGACAAUAUGUUAUAAGGAUACUUUUUGUAGAACAACCUGUUCCACAAGCCGUCGUAGCCUCCUGGGGUUCGCAAGCUUUUUCCAAAGAACACGUGUAUGUAAGUAAAGUACUGAGUGAGCUCUCGGUAUGGCAGGAGGCUGCUAUUCCCGGCGGUCUUUUAGGUUGGAUACUCUCAUCGACGUUUAAAAGAAACCUCAAAGUGGCACUACUUGGAGGGGGUAAACCAUGGAGUAUGUCGUCUGCGUUAGAGGCAGAUAGUAAAGCGAGAGAUGUAACUUUCUUAGACGCUUAUUCCUUGGAGAGGUGGGAAUGUGUUCUGCAUUAUAUGGUGGGGUCGCAGCAGCAGGAAGGGAUUUCCGCAGAUGCUGUGAGAAUUUUGCUACACGCGAACCUUAUGAAACGCGAUGAGGAAGAUGGCAGCCCUGUGAUAACCAGACAAGGAUUCCAAUUUUUAUUGUUAGAUCGGCAGGCGCAAGUCUGGCAUUUCUUGCUACAGUACCUGGAUACGGUCGAGGAGCGAGGCUUAGAUCUGGUGGAAUGUUUGACGUUUCUAUUCCAACUUAGUUUUAGUACGUUAGGAAAGGAUUACAGUACUGAAGGUAUGAGUCCCGGUUUACUGAUUUUCCUACAGCACCUCAGAGAAUUUGGCUUGGUGUACCAGAGAAAGCGCAAAGCGGGCCGGUUCUACCCGACGCGCUUGGCGCUCAACAUCACCUGCAGCCAAAGCAAGGGCGCGGCCGACUUAGAGGAGGACGCCCCCAAGGGGUACAUCAUCGUCGAAACGAAUUACAGGGUCUACGCCUAUACAGAUUCCAAUUUGCAGGUGGCCUUGAUAGGCCUCUUCACCGACCUCAUGUACAGAUUUCCGAAUUUAGUGGUAGGCGUCAUAACCCGGGAGUCGGUGAGACAGGCUUUCCGAGGGGGCAUCACCGCGGACCAGAUAAUAGGCUACCUCAAGCAACACGCUCACCCCCAGAUGCUGCAGGCCGAGAACAAGCAACCACUGCCGCCCACCGUCGUCGAUCAAAUCAAACUGUGGGAGAUGGAGAGGAACAGGCUCACUUACAACGAGGGGGUUUUGUACAGUCAGUUUUUGUCGCAGGCCGAUUUUAACGUUCUGAAAGAGUACGCUCAGUCCAACGGUUCGUUAAUAUGGUGCAACAAGGAAAAAAGGACGUUAGUCAUAAACAAAUACGCGCACGACGACGUGAAGAAAUUUUGGAAAAGGUAUUCGAAGGGGAAUUAGCACUGAGAAUUAUCUAGUAUUAGUUAGUUUUAAUAAAUUUAUAUUGUGAAAAGUCCUGAAUAAAAGUCUAAUUAAUUUCCUUUUUAAA